AGGACGAAGAAGAAGGCGACCAUGUUGAUUUAAAGGAAGAAGAAACACAAUAGAAGCGAUUUAUUUCAAGGAAAAUUCAGUUAUUAAAGCGACUUACAAAGAACGCAACUGAUCAGCCGCAAACUGGAUAUCCCUUGUAAAAUAACAGACAAACGAAGUUAAUGUGCUGAAACCGAUCUCAUCACACCACAAGUUACCAAAAACAGAAAGUGACGUAUUGAAAUUGCUCCUGUCUUCGGUUCCCAGUGUGGUGGACGCAGUCAGAGUUUCUGCAAGUGUUAUUGUCACUGCUGGUUUUCCAUCAUACUUUCAUUUCACUUUGGACAGUUUAACUGUGAAACAGGUGACAAGUUUGAGCCGUUGGCUGACUUUGAGGAGGCAGUGGGGAGAUCACAGCCACGCACUCACACUUCACACUUCACACACCGACCUGAAGACCUGUGGUGUCCAGGGAGAGAAGGUCAAACACCUGGAGCAGAAAGGAAACGCACAUUGAGGACUUAACAGGGGUGGAAAGCUGUUUUGCUUUGGACUAGAUAACCCCCUGUAUUACUUGUGUUUUCAGGAUCCAUUUUUUCACACGUGGAGCGACGUACACCCACACAGUGGAAAUAAACGGAGAGCAUUACAGACUAUAUGAUUUUGGGGAAAGACUUGUACAAAGUUGGGCAUCCUUUUUUUUCGAGGACAGGAAUAUUGAGCAACUCUUAUAGACUCAAUGUGGAAACAGGAAAUAUCGUUCCAUUUAGAAACAGAAGUUUAAGUAUUGAACUAAGAAUAUAUUGAAGAAGCUAUUCCCCAAGUUCUGAUUGCCUUAGUUGUUCUAUUUCAGGACUUAAACUGCUUUGAUACUUGUUCACAUAUAAUUUUUCUAUAUUGUGGGCAAGUAUAUUCAUGCAUAUGAAUGCAAAUUUCUCUUCAUUUUGAAGAGCUCUUGUGUAAAAACUUUUUUUUUUUUUUGAUGUUCUUGUACGUCAGUCACUCUGUUGUUGAAGGGGACCGAACUGCACGUACGUGUGUAUAUGUAAAUACUACGAAUCGACUUCUGUUGUAAAAGCUUUGGACUUAAAAAGAAUAGAGAAUAUUGUUUGUUAAUGCUUUAUUAAACUUUUUUACUUUUGAAGAGAAUUUUUAAGAAGAAAAACCUAAGAGGCAAAAAUCUAAUACUUUUGAAGAGAAAAAAACAAAAGCAAGGAAAGCAGGAAAAAUGGCAACGGCCAGAACAGAAAAUGUUGGCCCAGUCGUCAUGGGACUAAACAAGCAGAACGGGCAGCUCAAAGGACAGACCAAACCAGCUUCAGUCCAGCCAGCACCCACAACUCAAGGAAAGGCUAUGGGUGCACCCCAGAAAGCAGCCGGUGCCCCUCAGGACGGAGGAGGUAUCAAGUUUGGAGAUGACUGGAAAAAGAGCCUAAAGCUCCCUCCCAAAGACAACAGGGUUAAAACCUCAGAUGUGACCUCCACCAAGGGGAAUGAAUUUGAAGACUACUGUCUCAAACGAGAACUCCUGAUGGGCAUCUUUGAGAUGGGUUGGGAGAAACCAUCCCCUAUCCAGGAGGAGAGCAUUCCCAUCGCCCUGUCUGGACGGGACAUUCUGGCCCGGGCAAAAAAUGGAACAGGAAAAAGUGGAGCCUAUCUCAUCCCACUGCUGGAGAGGAUAGACCUGAAAAAGGACCACAUACAGGCCAUUGUCAUGGUGCCCACCCGUGAGCUGGCACUGCAGGUGAGCCAGAUCUGCAUCCAGAUCAGCAAACACCUGGGGGGAGUAAAAGUCAUGGCCACUACUGGGGGCACCAACCUGCGAGAUGACAUCAUGCGCCUGGAUGAGACCGUACAUGUGGUCAUCGCCACCCCUGGCAGGAUCCUGGACUUGAUAAAGAAGGGAGUGGCAAAGGUGGAUAGGGUUCAGAUGAUGGUGAUGGAUGAGGCGGAUAAGCUGCUGUCUCAGGACUUUGUGGUGCUCAUCGAGGACAUCAUUGGCUUCCUGUCCAAGAACAGGCAGAUCCUGCUCUACUCUGCAACCUUCCCCAUCAGCGUGCAAAAGUUCAUGGCGAAGCACCUUCAGAAACCCUACGAGAUAAACCUGAUGGAGGAGCUGACUCUGAAGGGCAUUACUCAGUACUACGCCUACGUCACUGAGAGGCAGAAAGUCCACUGCCUCAACACACUGUUCUCCAGGCUUCAGAUCAACCAGUCAAUCAUUUUCUGUAACUCCACUCAGAGGGUGGAGCUGUUGGCUAAGAAGAUCACUCAGUUGGGCUACUCCUGCUUCUACAUCCACGCUAAGAUGAUGCAGGAAUACAGAAACCGCGUGUUCCAUGACUUCAGAAAUGGACUGUGCAGAAACCUCGUCUGCACAGAUCUCUUCACCAGAGGUAUUGACAUCCAGGCUGUCAACGUCGUCAUCAACUUCGACUUCCCUAAAAAUGCUGAGACUUACCUCCAUCGUAUUGGAAGAUCAGGGAGGUUUGGUCACCUGGGCUUGGCCAUCAACCUGAUCACAUCAGAGGAUCGCUUCAACCUGAAGGCCAUCGAAGACCAGCUGGUGACCGACAUCAAGCCCAUUCCCAGCAGCAUCGACAAGAGCCUCUAUGUGGCCGAGUACCACUCAGCCAGCGCUGACUGUGAUGUGGAGGAGGUCGAGGAGAAACCAGGACGCCCACAGGAUAGCACCUAAAAAGGACAUUAGGACACACCGGGCUUUUGCACAGACAUCAGCGCUUGCACACAGUCUUCAGGCAACUCUUCAUUUUCACAUUUCUCCCUCAUUUUCAGAGCCUGACAAGUGGAUGUAAAGGCUGUUUUUAUUUUCAAGUAUUUCCUUAGCUUUUCCUCAAAGAGAGCUGCCUCAUUCUUUUUUUUUUUUUAAAUUAACAGAGAAAGUUAAAUGAUCUUGUUUUGCACCAAACUCAGAAAGGACCAUUCACCCUGUGAUUCAGCUCAGAGAAUAAUUUUCCUCCUAAAAUACAUGUGUGUUAGACAGCAGUUCAAAUGAGUAUCAGAGCUGUUUUGAAACGGUCGCCCUCGGAGACUGCGUUCAUCGCCAGCAGCAAGGUUGGUCAGUUUUUAAUGUUACAAUGGUGCACAUACACCAGCCAUCGUUCUGUCCACUUACACUGCUGUUGUCACUUAAGUGCCUUACUUACUCCCUCGUGCACUCAUCCGUUCAUGGAUCCACCCAUCCAUUCUGCUGUCUUCUGUCACGCAGCAGAGUACGAGCACAAAUAAGAUGAACUAAAUAGUAACCCGAUUUUAUUUAGACGUCGCAUUAUGCAAGGGAAAAAGACACAGUAUACACACGCGCUCCCUCCUGCUGAGGGGUGUGUCGAAAAACACGGCUCAGACUCCUUGAAAACCAUCCUGAAUGUGAACGUUUAUUUUUUAAUGUGAACGUUGCAAUAAAAAAAAAAAAAGGGCAGCUUUAUUUAAAUACUGCGUGACUGUUUUUCCCUCUCACUAUGAAUAAUACACGAGCGGAGUCAAUAUCAGAAGACGGCCUAAAGACACAAGCCCUCAUACUGGUUCAUGGAUGUCAGCCUGCAACCACACAAGCAGCACGGGAAAAUGAAUAGCAGCCACGUGCUUUUAUGGAUGUCGCUGGUGAGCUCGCCUGCAGGCUGUUGUUGUUGUUGUUUGGAUGUUCUCUGACAUUAAAAACAAAAAACAAACCCCAAACAAAUCACAUUUGGCUGGUGAAUACUGUAAAAUCCAUCCGCCCCUGUAGCUGGUAGAUGAAUCCUGAUGAAGGUUUCCUAUCCUGCGCAGGACUGAUGCAUCAGAGACGGUUCAGAACAGUUCUGAUAGACAUUUCUAAGCUGAGAAUCAAAAAUAGUCCAAGAGAUUAAAGAUUCACAGGGUUUUUGUGGAAGUUGGUGCAAAACAAUAGUUUGAAUUUUCUUUCAGUUUCUUUUUCCGCUCACAUCUUUAGGUUUCACAGGUACAAUGCGGAAACAUAAACUUUAUAAAGCAAGAAUCUUUCAAAUCCAGUGGUAAAAAUUUCUUUUUAUGCCCCACCUUGACAAAAUUGAAGUUGGUGAAUGUAUCAGUUGCCAAUGUAAACUCUGCAGCCCAGUGGUUGAACGCCAAGCUCUUAAGCGUGUUUCACAGUUGUCGUUUGUAUUGCUGCUGUUGCAUCAGAAACUCCACUUUAGGCUUUUAUGAAAUUAUAUAAAGCGUAGGAAAGGGUGUUGAAACCUGCUCAGUCUAUAAAGGACCACAUUCACCUUCAAUUGGACGACGACUAAAGUCACAAGACGUGUCAGCUUUCGAAUCUGCAGCAGCAGCAAUAUAUAUAUAUAUAUUUUUUAUUUUUUUGCUUUGGUUAUCCUCCCAGCACAGCUAUGUUUUAUAAUUGUAAAAAUGUGAGAAUUAUCUUUUUUGAGGGUGGGCUCUGUUUUUGAAAGCAAAAUUGUAGCAUCUUUGAACAGGCAGCUGUGACUUUUCUUUUUUGUCCUCCCCUUACAGAGCAUCACUAAUGAUAAAAAAAAGACAAAAAAGAAAGUAUUUUUGCUUUUUAAGAUUUAUUUUUGAUGUUGCUUAAAGCAGUUUGGCUCUGUGAGGCUUUAGCACUGGGUAACUUCUGGAGGUCUUUUUUUUUUUUUUUUUUUUUUUUUUUUUUUUUGUUGGGUGGGUUUGCAGAAGCCAAGUAUUUUAUCAGAUGCUCUCUGGGCAUCUUGAAUCUUUCCCACUCUCUGGUACUUAAAUCAACGACAAAAGUUUUGAUUUAAAGUUGUUUUCCACAAAACAAACGACCUUGUUAGCGUCACGUUUUAAGUGCCAGAGAGAGAGAGAAGUUUAUAGAGGAGAGAGUUUCUGGAAAGUCUUGAAGCACUGUGAUCUUCUCGAACCUGUUCCACGUUCGUGUGACGGAUGAUCAAAGUGCUGUGGUUUGUUUUCAGCAGCUCAGUCCGUUUUCCCCUAGGGCAAUCUUUAUACGAGGUGUUAUGAAUCAUUUUGAGGAAACGGUCGUAAAUGAUUCAUUGUUUACACUAGUCGUUUACAGUUUAAAAAAAAAAAAUACUUUGCUUCAUUGGUGGAGGAGGUAGAAUUUAUUUCAUUUCCCCUUUUUCCCCUUGAAAUAGAUUUUCAGGAUUUACAUUGAAGCAAAACCAAAAAAGUGUGUGCGUGUGUGCGUGCGUGCGUGCGUGCGCGCGUGCGUGCGUGCGUGCGUGCGUGUGUGCGUGCGUGUGUGCGCGCGCAGGGGAGAUAUUCAGAUGUGUGUUUGCAUGAGGGAGGAGGUGUGUGUGAGUGUGAGAGUGAGUGAGAGUGAGAGAGUGAGGGAUGUAGACGACUGCUUGAACAAGGUGUAUGUGUUGACAUGAGAGAGCAUGAAUUAUGUGUUUUCAGCUGUGACAGAUUGUUUUGUUCAGAAUCUCAACGUUUACAUGUAGCUUCAGUGAAACUUAGAUCUGGAUUAACAGCUCAUCUUUGGGAGAAUCAGAUCAGAUUUCAGUGCAGUUGGGGCCAACUCGGUUACUCCAGUCCAUGACAGUUCAUUUGAAAUAAUAAUGAAACUGUCCUGUUGACAGUUUGAGGCUGCAUGUGAGCGUAAAUAGUUGUAUGUCAGUUUUUUUUUUUUCCUCUGUGCUUGUGUUUUUGUUGGCGAUGUCUUAAAUAACAGUUUGGGUGUUUACAGUUUUCAGGGAUGUGAUUUUUGUUAUCCGUUUCUCUCCUUCCAUCUCCCUCCUCCUCCAGGAGUCUAAGUUCCAAGGACGUGAAUUUCAUUUCUAAUGCGAAAUUUUCCACGUUUUUCUGUUCUUCUUGAUGUUUUGUGUUCACAUCCCUGACAGUCAUUCCAUGAUCUCCUUUGUGCCCCGGAAGCAGAGAUCGGACAGAUGUUUAUUUCUAAACUUGUCAAUAACUAGUGGAAGCGAUUUUGGACUUUUUUUCCUUUGUUCACUUUGAGCUGAAUAUUAAACGCCAUCUCAGACUUCUGCCUAUAAUUUAGUCCAGAGACGCUCAACCCCUUAAAGGAAAACUACUCUUAAUUGCAACCUCUGUUUGUUUUUUUUUUGGUCGCUCCAGGCAUCUUCUCUGUCAGUCAUGAUAACAUUUUGCUCACCAAAGUAAUUCUGGAUUUAAAAAAAAAAAGCCAACACUAAUACAGAAGAAGAGUUUUAAGAUCACAGCACUGUAGAGUGUAGUGAGAGAAACGUCAUCAUAACUGACAGAAGUCGAGACCGGAGCCUCAAAAAGAAGCUCAGAAUUUGUCUGUCAGUGGUCACAAAGGAGCUGAUGAUGAAUGCAGUUAUGAAUGUUGAGUGACUGUUGAUUUUGUCAUCUGAUGUUUUCUUUGUCUGUGUGUGUGAGUGUGUGUGCACGGACCUGUCAGGUCUGAAGUGCUGAUGGGGUGGGAGGGAUAUUUGUCAGACACUUGUUUAAAAUGGGUAAAUGUUUAAAAAAAAAAAAAAAGAAAAAAAAGAAAGGGUGGGGAUUUGGGUAUAAAAUGUCAGUUUUGGCAUUGAUGCUUUGGGCUCUGAAAAUUCUCAAUUGGUGAAAUUCAAAAACUUGGCUUAAAAAUAGUAUUAAUGGCUGAAUUGCCCCUAACAUUUCUGCUGUGCAUUACUAAAAAGGAAUUGGAUGUCUUACUUUGCUGCACUAAUGUAGACUCGCCCGCGCUCCAAGGCGGCAGUUUCAGCCCAAUUUAAUAAUGAACUCAGCAGAUUUGUAGUUGUAAGCUGAGGAUAAAGUGACGGCAUUAUUUCUCCUGCAGCGUGGACAGAAAACAGUGACGUUUGGACUCUUAAUUGGCUCUCAGAUACUUUAGGUUUGUUUGUGGCUAAGGAUAAAAUUACAACAGUAUUUCCCUACAACAUGGUUAGAGAGGAGUUGCAAUACAGAAUGACUGAAUUGGCAUGCAGACAUAUUGGUUCAGUCGAUCCCUCGUACUUAAAAAUUCAGCUUUCUUUUCAAAACCAAACCCCUUACGUAGUCAGUCUUUUCAGUUGUGUUGUUUGUAGUCAUUGUUACCUUGGUGGCAUCAUUUGUUGAUGUUUUGGGAAUGGGUAACUUAGUUUUCUUCAUCAUUGUCCCAUAUUUUUUUUUUUCUGUCGUGCAAUUGGGUUAAAACUCAGUAAUGACUUUGAUUGGGCGGUACUGCAAAAAACAUUUUCUUUUUGUUCCUUGUUUCCUUAUAAAAAAAAAAUGCAUUGAAGUGGCACAAGAUAUUUCAGCAACUUGUGUUAAUCACUCUGUCCUCUACUGUUGUAACAGAAAUAUGCAGGGACUAUAAAAUUCAAUAAAUUGAACAGAAAUUCA